CCAAGCUCACAAUCUUCAUAUUCGCACAAAACAACACGCAAACCAAAAAUAUACACAACAACAACAGAAGAUAUAGUUAUUUUUGAAAAAAAUCAACCUGUAUCUAUUGAUUUACCACCGGAAUUAUUUAACAGCGGAUUUCAAUUAAUUACAAACGUUUCAAAGAGAAUUGGAGACUUUAUGUUGGAUUCCGGAUUUCGCGCUCAUCGAUUAUUAGAGUCAAUGAGACCAUUCUUUUGGAAAAUUUUUGGAAAGAAAGGUUUCGUAAUCGAAGCAACAACGGAUAAACCAAUAUUUACAGAUCCUAACGAAAAAAACGAAAUUAAAAAAUAACUUAAAAAAUAACAACAUCUCUAGAUUGGUGGUGCUCAAUUUACUAUGUAUUAAAUUUUAUAUCUUAGGUAGAUUAAUUGUACAGCAAUUUUAUGUAAAAGAAAGUUUUAAUAGAAAUUGUUUUUAUUUA